AUGGCUUUGCGACAUCUGCAGGAAGUGCCCAAGGCAACCGAUUUCACCCCACUACAAGAGCAUCAAGAACAGACACCAACCACCUUCUUCGGCAGCAAGCCCGUCCUCUACGCCCACCAAACCGACCUCACUUUGACUGCAACUGCCUCUCAGCUCAAGGAGGAUGCUGCCUUUGCGGCUUUCUCAUCAUCUGCUAGCGACGGCGAGGACGCGCUCAUUGGAGAUGUAGCUAUCUGGGUCAACUCCGAAAAUCUUAUACUCUCUCAAGGUACACCUAAUCCUACUGCCGUUGCCAUCCCCUACCCCUCAAUUGCCCUCCACGCAACCCUAAAGCACACCCCAUCCACCGAAGCACUGCUUCUUAACAUCUCCCUCAACGACGCUUCCACCGUGAAUUCUGCCGAAGAAAUUUCCGUUCUUGAACUGCGCGUUCUUCCGCCUGCGUAUACCACUCCAGAACCCCAGAAUGGCUGCAUCAAGGACAUCUUCGCAGCGAUGAACACAUGUGCCGAUUUGCACCCUGAUCCCGAAGAUGGCGAGGAAAAUGGAGAGGAUGUUUUCGAUGAGACUGCACCAGGCGCUACAGGCUGGAUCACGGCGGAGAAUAUGGGCGAUUUCAUGGAUGCGGACGGAAACUUCACAGGAACAGUCAUUGGCGGCGAGGAAGAGUUGGGUCCUGGCGCAGGUACAGUGAGGCAGAGAGAAGAAGUAGCCGAGGAAGAGGGAGAGACGAAUGGUGUGGGUCAUGCGGAGAAGUAUCAGCGUACAUCAUCGUAGGAUGUGGCGCGAUAUCGAAUGCGCUACUUUGGCGCUGAAUAAUACCCCGAGAGAAUUCACCAACUGAAUCCUGCAAAGACAAAAGUCC